UUAUUUUUGGGCAAAACAAAAGCACCAGACUUCUACGCUCCACAAAACGUCUACGUGCUACGUCACUGCGUUAAUAACUAUGUUUUCGUGACGCCACCUUCUCGCGAGAUGAGACUUGCGACGUCGGGAUUCGCUGCCCGGCUAAAAAAAAGCCUGACGUUAACGGGAUAGCGGGAUGUUUAAGCAGCGGCCCGGGACUGCGGGCUGUGUGAUUAAAGCGGCGAGUCUGCCGGGCGAUUCAGCGCAUUGGACUUCACCGGCGCCAUCUUCUUCUCUUCGGAAAUCUUUGUGAAGUAAGCGCCGUAUCGGCGCAUGUGCAGUUGGAACAGUCUGCUGGUUUUUCAACAACUGUGCAUGCACUGAAAGUCACGGAAAUAGCCGAAGCGUCACAAGAAGACCCGAAGAGAAGAAUAUGGCGCCCGUAAAUUCCAAUGCCCUGAUCUGCAACGAGGGUAGAAUCCUCUUCAUACAAGAAGACUCCAAAGAGGUUGUCUAGAAGCAAACGCAAGUCUCCAGCCUUAAAUUCUCCUUCCAAUGAUGUUGACCAACAAAAUGAAAUAUUUUGGGAUCCGCAUUCGCCAACCACAUUUAAAAUUGAAAAUGGAAGAAGAAAAAGACAGACUGCAAACAAAUGUACUGUUGAAAUUUCUGAUAUUGUUAACAGAAUUGCUCCAAAGAAUGAAAAGCCAGCAGAUGCUACUUAUCUUCAAAUGUGGAUUGGGGAUGAUGCUAUUCCAUCAACACCUGUAGUUGCAAGAUCAAGGACAAAAGUUAGUUUAAGACCUAGAAGCUUUCAUACGGAAGAACUCCUGAAGUUGGCCAGAGAAUUUGACAGAAACUUGGUAGAAGCAAUCCAGUCUCAAGAACAACAUCAUCUGACUUCUGCAGAUGACAAAACUGUACGUUUAGGUGCUGCUCAAAUCUAUGAAACUGAUACAUUUCUAGAAGAUAUCACUGAAGAAGAUGUAGAACUUGCUCUGAAAUCUGUAAGUCAGAGUUCACGAGUAAGCACAUCAUCACAUGGCCAGAAAUCUGUGGAUCAAGAGGCAGAAGCUGCCCUCAAUGCACUUUUCGACUGUUCCACACAAAAAGUCAGUGGCCGAUUAAGCCAGACUUUAUCAGAUAUCUCCCUAGGUAGCACAUAUGGGCUUCCUGUAGGUGUAAAAGAUAACACUGGUGAAAUUUCAUUGCAUGCAACAGUUGAUAGCGACAAAGAUCAAACACAUACAGUUUCAAAGCAAAUUAUAUCACUUAAUGAAUCGCAUUCAAAACUGAUACAUACCUCUAAAAGGAUUGGAUCUGUUAUGGCUAAAGAGAAAUCUAGACAGACUGAAUCAAAUGGUGUGUCUGACCCAGCUGCUUCAAAAUCGGAUAGUCGAGAUUGCUUUGAAGAUGACUGGGACCAUGACUUUUUUGACGAUGAUUCUUUUAUUAUGGAAAUUACUCAAAAUCCAAAUUUGAUUGCUACUCCUAAGUCUGAACAGACCAAUAGCAAAUCGGACAAAAGUGGUUUUCAUUCUGUUGGGUCUAAAACAUCUGAAAACUUUAAAGACAAUGAUAAAAAUGUGGUUUCUAAAAAAUCAAAUACUUAUGUGUCACGGACAUCAAAUGUGCAAGUUGAUUCACAUUCUGUUGACAAAAGUGACAUUAAUAUCUUGGUGCCUUCAACAAGUUAUGUUUCCCAGUUGCCUUUAAACUCUCAAACGAUUCAUUCAAUGCAGAGUAAUCACUCACUUGUUCGUGACAGUGAUUCCUUUACGCGUGGAUUAUCUAAAAACCUCAGCACAAAUUCAGAAAUGUUAGCUUUACAUAAUGUGCCAAUGAAGCCUUCCCCCUGUCAUGUUCCACGGAAACAGAACCAUGCGCCUAUUCCGGAAAAGGCUUCAGUCCAACUUGAUGAAUGGGAUGACCCCAAAUUUUCUGAUGACGUUCUGGAUAUGUUUUGUGAAUCUGAUAGCCUUUUGGAAGCAAACGAAGAGGAUGAUGACUUACUAUAUCAAGUAUGUGAUGAUGUAGAAAGGUUAACUCAGGCGAAAAUAACAAAUGAAGCAGUUAAUAAAACAGAAAAUAGAGACGUAAUCCGCUUAAGCUGUGCAAAAACUGUUACAAGAAUAACCAAAGCAGCACAGGCAAGCCAGCACUUUGGGCAAAACAAAAAUGGGAGCCAAAUUUUCCAAUCCUUUUCAAGAAAUACAUUUAGUGAAAACGCAACUCAAUAUAAUAGCUCCACAAACUGUUCCCUACAGAAAAUAGCAGCUCCUUCUGCUGUCACAGGACUUGGCACAUGUGGAAGUGCCACCACUAAUGAAAAUGGAGGAUUGAGCAAGACUAACCUAGGCCCUGUAAAGUUCGACAGUUUUACUUCCAUUCCUUCUGCCAGUGAAUGUACGAAAAUACUGCCUAUUGGCACUCAGCCACAAAGUAUGGGGAAUCCACAGGUUUCUACAACUACCGCAAAAAGUUUAAUGGCACCUUCAAAGUUCACAUUUACUCGAACAAAAUCAUCUCAGAUAGUGCCUUCACAUACAUAUACUGGAGGGACAAGUGAUUUUAAAAAGAUGAAUUCCCAAGACAUGGUUGGAAACAAGAAUCACAAAAAUCCUUUGGUCCCAAAGAAUGAAUUACUCAAUCAUCCAUUCAGUUUAAAAAGACAGCUCUCAGAAUCUGUUUUGCAGUCUACCAAAGUAUUGAUUUCAGAAGAAAGGAAUACAAAGUGUUCAAUGGAGGAAAUUGAGAGAAAAAAACAAAAGGCGUUGGCCAGAAAGCAAAUGAGAGGGCACGCAUUAUCCAGUGAUACAGCACACCCAUAGCUAUGAGAGAUCACUGGAAUAUGUGCUGGAGAUGACAUAGCUUUGCAGACCGGAUCUUUGUUUAUUGCAACUUCUCUGUGAGAAAUAAUGUGCCGAAUCAAAAAGAAAAAAUGUUUCUAACAUUUGAUUGUUUACAAUGGUAAACACUUGUUUUUGUAAUAUUUGUAUAAGUACAAAUUCUUCCUGUAUGCUCAGGAAUGGCUCCACUGAUACCUGUAAUAGUAUUCAUCACGAUUGUAGGAAUCAAACCAGAUUUUUUUCCUUAAAAUUGAGUCUUAGAAUCAUUUAUUUCUAAACUCUAUGCUUGCUUAAAUUUUUGUGUCAUUUUGCGGAAAGAUUCCUGUUUAAUACAUUGACAAAAUAAACAGGUGUAAUAUAUUUGA